AUUAGAUUAUGAAAAAGGAAAGAAAGCACAAGGAGAGGAGAAUUGGUAAACCUGGCAAAUCUGGCAAGAUCGCUAAGAGGAAGCAGAGGGAUGCAUCCGACCAUACCUCCAUGGUCUCUAUAUUGCCACCCAAAGAAGAGCAGGUCUAUUCACAAAUGCUCAAUCAAGCAGAUUAUAAGGUCAUAAAGGACGCACAGAGGAAGGAGUUGGAGAAUAUUAAACAGAUUGGGGUCUACGGGAGCUUGAAAGGGUUUAAAUCGAAAAUUUUGAUUACUGUCCCAUCUGAGAGGAAGGAAAUCAAAGCUGGUUUGAUAGAAUUUGGCUGUGCAAAUAACUCAUUUUCUCUCAGAGAUACGGAGCAAACCAUUCUGAUUGUGGACGAUUUACUUUUCACUUUAAAAAUACCUUCUUCAAAUAAGAAAAGAGAUACAAAAUGGUAUACUAAGUGCCAUACUUUAUCUGAGAGCUUAGACCAAAAGUAUCUCAGCAUUGUAAAGAAAAUAAGAGAUAAUCCUAAGAUUAGAGUUCUUUCCAGAACUGGGUUCAAAAAGUUGGUCAGAGAUUACCUCAAACCUUGUCAUCCAGAUUUUCAUCGUUCCAAAGGAGCUAAAAUUCCUUCUGGAUCAGAACAAUUUGCAUUCUCGGUGGUUCCAAAGGAUAUUCCAAAGUUUUCGAAGGCGAGGAUCGAUAAAAGAAUUAGAGACCAAGCUCAUACAUUUGUAUAUAAGCCUGAAUUAGAUGGAACAAUUGAUUGACACAUGGUUGUACCUAGAGCACCUCCAAACGUUCCUGUAUUUCUGAUUCAAAAGGAAAUAAAUUACUUAGAGCAUCAUUAUGAUGAACUUCAGACUCGCUAUGAGAAGAACAGAAGGGACCACGCUAGGCUAGCUCCAGUAAGCGAUACGCAUCCAAUUCCUGAGACUCCUCAGGGUCAUAACAAUUGUUCUCUGUGAGGUAUAAAGUACGAUAACUACAUCAAGCACAUCUUUGGAUCAAAGCAUCAUAGGUCUUACUCUCUUCCUGAAAACCAAAAAUUAUAUGCAGAAAUUGAUGACAUGAUUGAAGAUAUCAGUAGUGACUUCAACAAAGAACUUGACCAAAAAUCGCUGCAGAAAACAACCCAAAAGACUAAACCCGCCAAGCAGAACCGUCAGAUCAGAGUUGCUGAAAUCCAGCAGCUCACUGCUGACCUCGAGAUGGCCGAAGAGGCUUCUGGAAAUCCUGAGUCUGACUGAUCAGAUUCUGAUCUUGAAUUUGAUAAGAAUUCACUCAACAAGUUGAAAUCCUUCCCAGUGGAGAUUCCCAAGAAAAGAGUAGUCGAUUCCUACGGAGAACUUGAUGUUCAAAAUUAUGAGUAUAUAGAAGAAGAUACACCUGAGUGAAAGCAUUCUAGCCAGACCUCAAGCUGUCAAAUAGAUAUUGAGGCAAUGGACCAUUCAUCCGUUUCACAAGCCAAAGAUAAAGCCAGCCCUGAUUGUGGCAUAGACCGCUCUGUUGAGGUCCUCUCUAAAACAUUGGACAAAGAGGAGCUCAAAACUAGGGAGAGUUUCAAGCCACAUACGGCCAAACACAAGAGAUCCCGUAGAUUUGGCAGUAGUGUGCAGGAGAUCGACAAGGAUAUCUUCGUGCCUAAGAUAUCUAAAAGAGUAAAGGAGGUCAAAACCGGCAUUAGGAAGGACACAAAAGAUUCAAGCGCUGAAAAGUGUGUGGUUCUUAUCAAAGUAGGAUCUGAGACUCAUAAAGGUCAGAAUAAUACAAACGGACAAAACGAGAGGAACAUCCCUAUGAUAUCUAACAUUCCAUGAUCAAAACUGCUGUAUAAGAUAAAGCAUGAGGAAUCUCAGGAGUCAGAUCUCAUCAUCAAGGAACAUAAAUUCGCUGGUCACAAAGCCAAGGAAUUCAGAAAUAAAUUUGCCUCCAAAAAGAGACGGAACCCUAUGCGUGCUUGUCGGGAACAAAAGAGACAGAAACUCUCAGAAGUUGACUCUUCAGUACAAGCUAUGUCAGAAGGAGAGAAUUCUGACUUAGAUGUCUCUGAGCCAUAUAAAGUCUCUAUUUGAGAUAGUGGAAGCUUGGAAGAAGCAGGCGCGUUUAGAUUUGAAAAUGAUUUUAGAGAGGCCAGGAAGAAUGGAAUUGAUAAGAAAUUGAAUAGAAGAAGGAAAUAGGGAAAAAUUUAUACCAGACUGGUGUAAAGGAAAGUAAAUUGUGCAG